AGUGACAGGUGGAGGUGACAGACUGACAGUCAGUUGACAGAUAAGUGACAAGCCAACUUCGUGAAGUCUCUGGAAAUUCUAACCUAUUUUCGUACUUUUAAAACGUAUUAUUUUAAUAGUUAUCGGUCUAAAAACCAGAAUAAGUGUUAAAAUAUGCACAGUGCCAGUUUAUUGCUAAGGAAAACCGUUCUCCUUCAUCCAAACUUGAAAUCUCCGAGUGCACGUAUUGCCCGAAAUGUAGCGAAAGUUGCAUCACAAAACAAACCGGUGAAGAGGAAAGUUUUGAGUUACGGGUACAAUGUUUACGGGUCGAGGAAUGAGAGGAUCUGUGGGUAUGGUGCUGGGUACCUAUCGUCGGCGCGACAGAUGACCGGGGCCAGAGCGUACUCCACCGCUAACAAGAGUGACCCCCCGGAAGAAGAUCCUGAGGCUGCGGAUGAGACGCCAUUGUUCUCCAGCCAGCUUCCGGCGACGGUGGCGGUGCCGGAAGUGUGGCCGCAAGUUCCGGUCAUAGCCAUCAACAGAAAUCCCGUGUUCCCUAGGUUUAUCAAAUUGAUUGAGAUCAGCAACCCAGCUUUAAUAGACUUAAUAAGACGCAAAGUGAAGCUCAACCAACCUUAUGUGGGCAUAUUCCUGCGCAAGACAGAAGAUGACACCAAGUCGGACACAGUGUCGUCACUGGACGAGCUCCAUGACGUGGGCGUGUUUGCGCAGAUCCACGAGAUGCAGGACAUGGAGUUCAAGAUGCGCCUCGUGGUGAUGGCACACCGCCGGAUCAAGAUCACCGGACAGUUCAUUGAGGAGGAGAUCGAGACUGGACCUGCUGAAAUGAAGUUGACAUUCCCCACUUUUAAUGUUGAGCUUGACGUUACCCCUGAAGAGUCAGACGCCGAGCGACGCAGGAGGAAGCACCGCAACAACAAACGCAAAGAGAAACCCGUAGAGGCCAAAGAAGAGGUUGAGACUCCAGAGACCACCACAGAAAAGGCUAAGGACACAACAGAAAAGAAGCUACCAUCAGACCAAGUUAUGAUGGUCAAAGUGGAAAACUUACACCAUGAUCAAUUCAAACAGACCGAGGAAGUUAAAGCAUUGACACAAGAAACUAUUAAGACUAUCAGGGAUAUUAUUAACUUGAAUCCUUUGUACAGGGAAUCCCUACACCAGAUGCUAGCCCAGGGACAGCGAGUGGUGGACAACCCGGUGUACCUGAGCGACCUCGGCGCCGCGCUCACCGGCUCCGAGCCGAGGGAACUGCAGGCCGUGCUCGAGGAGAUGGACAUACCUAAAAGACUGAUGCUAUCUCUUUCCCUGCUGAAGAAAGAGUUGGAACUAUCAAAGCUACAACAGAAGAUUGGUAAAGAAGUGGAGGAGAAAGUUAAACAACAACACAGGAAGUACAUCCUGCACGAACAACUUAAGGUGAUAAAGAAAGAGCUAGGCAUAGAAAAAGACGACAAACAGGCCAUAGAGGAGAAGUUCCGGGCGAGGCUCGCAGGCAAGACAGUCCCCGCCGCCGUGCAGACUGUUAUAGACGAGGAGCUGCACAAGAUGCACUUCCUGGAGAGCCACAGCUCCGAGUUCAACGUGACCCGUUGCUACCUCGACUGGCUGACCAUGCUGCCGUGGGGCGUGACGUCGACCGAGAACCUCAAGCUACAAGACGCUCAGGUCAUACUGGACGAGGAUCAUUAUGGCAUGGAGGAUAUCAAGAAGAGGAUACUGGAGUUCAUAGCAGUGUCGCAGCUGAAGGGAACCACGCAGGGCAAGAUCCUGUGCUUCCACGGCCCGCCCGGAGUCGGCAAAACCAGUAUUGCUCGCUCAAUCGCGCGCGCCCUAAACCGCGAGUACUUCCGCUUCUCCGUCGGCGGCAUGACGGACGUGGCGGAGAUCAAGGGGCACCGGCGCACGUACGUGGGCGCCAUGCCCGGCAAGCCGCUGCAGUGCCUCAAGAAGACGCAGACGGAGAAUCCAUUGGUGUUGAUUGAUGAAGUGGAUAAAAUUGGAAAAGGCGUCCACGGCGACCCGUCCUCGGCCCUUCUAGAACUACUAGACCCGGAACAGAACGCCAACUUCCUCGACCACUACCUCGACGUGUCGGUGGACCUGUCGCGCGUUUUGUUCAUCUGCACGGCCAACGUGGUCGACCAGAUCCCGGACCCGCUGCGCGACCGCAUGGAGCUCAUACACAUGUCCGGCUACGUAGCAGAAGAGAAACUGGCCAUCGCCCAACAGUACCUGGUCCCGACAGCUCGCAAGAACUGCGGGCUGAGUGAGGAACAACUAGUGCUGAGCGCCGACGCGCUGCAGACAUUGAUCAAGAGUUAUUGUAGGGAGAGCGGCGUCAGGAACCUGCAGAAACAUGUCGAGAAGAUAGCGCGCAAGGUGGCCUACAAGAUCGUGAAGGAAGAAGCGCCCACGCUGGAGGUGACCAGUUCGAACCUGAGCUCGCUGGUCGGGAAGCCCACGUUCAUUAAUGACCGCAUGUAUGAUGUGACCCCGCCCGGGGUCGUUAUGGGACUCGCUUGGACUGCUAUGGGCGGUAGCACGCUCUACAUCGAGACGGCGAUACGGAACGCCACCGUCGACGACAAGGCUCCCCUCGGCUCGCUCGAGAUCACCGGCAACCUGGGCGACGUCAUGAAGGAGUCGGCCCGUAUCGCCCUGACGGUGGCGAGGAAUUAUAUGAGGAAGAUAGAUAAGGAUAACACGUUUUUGAAUACGAGCCACAUCCACCUCCACGUCCCUGAAGGAGCGACUCCCAAGGACGGUCCGUCGGCCGGCGCCGCCAUCACCACGGCUUUAUUGUCACUAGCGACCGGCCGCGGCGCGCGCCCCCUCGCCAUGACGGGAGAGAUAUCGCUGAUCGGCACCGUGCUGCCUGUGGGAGGGAUCAAGGAGAAGGUCAUCGCCGCCAAACGCGUCGGCAUCACCACAAUCAUCCUGCCCGAGGAAAACCGGCGUGACUUCGACGAGCUCCCCGAGUUCAUCCGACAGGACCUGACUGUCCACUUCGUCAAGACUUACGACGACGUGUACCGAGUCGUGUUCGAGGACGGGGAGCAGGUGUAGCAUUUGAGAUGUUAUUAUUUGUAUUUUGCUCUGUUCGCGUUGAGGGGACGGCUGCUGGAUGAGAAACGUUAUAAAAGCAUCAAAACUUAAACUGGAUACGACGUCGCGUCGUGCGACUCUUUCACUCUCUCCCAUUGAUCACCAUGGGAAGGAGACGUUUUCACGACGCGACGUCGUAUCGUGUUUAUGUGCCCCAAGCCGCGCAGAUACUUAAAGGGGUUUUGGAAAUGUCUGAUUUUAAAUAAGUGGGAUUUGAAAGCAAUACGCUAGAUAAUAUGGGCCUGAUUUUUUAUUUCCCAGCUUAUAACACUGUAUGCUGAGUGUAAGUUUGGAUAAUUUGCAUAAAAUUGAAUUUAUUGCCAUUUUCUUUUGCGUAAAUUAUGAAACUUAUACGAGGCAUUAUGGAUGAGAUAAGGCAUUUUCAUUUCUCCGACUUACCCAAAGCUUAACUGCUUUGAAAUUCAGUAUCUUUGUAAAUUUUGAAUUACAUAUUUUACAUACCGUCACAUUAUGCCAAAGCAUAGCUGCAGAUUUUACACACGACUAUUCUGCUCAGUCGGAUCGGUCUUUUGAGAAACUGGUAGCUUAUAGAAUUUACUUCUAAAAUUAACGUAAUAGUUCGUAAAAAUAGAGGAAGAAGAUUUUUGUUAUGUGAAGCUAAAUUAUUCCCCUCUGCUGACCGAUCCUAAUCACUGGAAUAUUUUUAUUUAUUUAUAAGUAUGUACUUAUGUAUGUUUACGGCAUCACAGUAUAAAGUGUGUCGUUUAUUUUAGCCUAGGAUAAAUAUAAUAGUUAUGUAUCAUAUGUGAGAACAUGUAGCAUAAAACGAUACACUGCCUUACAGGAAGUAUAUGUAUAUUGUAGAAAUAAUAGAGGUAGUUUUAUGUAGUGUAGAGUUGUGAAUCUUGUUGAAUGUUUGUUGUAUGUAUGUACGUAAGUAUAA